UAAUACUACUCUGCAGUCAGCAGUCCGUCAGCUCCACCUCCCGCGAGAGAGAGUUCACACCUCUCGCAUCACUGCUCGGUCAAGUUCAAGAGAAGUCACAGAAGUCACAGAAGUCGAGAAAACUCACCUUGAAGAUGGUCUGAAGACCGGCUGCUCUGGAAUACACGCUCCGUGAGUCAAGAUGGGACGUGUCUCUGUCAAAACCGUUUGGAAAGGCACGGCGCUUCUGAUAUUUGUCAUGCUUCAGGAAUUGAAUGCAGAGACUACUACAGCUGCCCUUGCCACAACAAGAGGUCAAACAGCAGCUCCUGCAACUACAAGCUCUGCUUUAACUGAGUCUCAAACAUCAACUUCUUCAACAGCUCCUGCAACUACAAACUCUCCUUCAACUGAGUCUACAACAUCAACUCCUUCAACUCUUGUGACUACAAGCUCUCCUUCAACUAAGUCUCCAACAACAACUCCUUCAAAGCCAGGUGUGAUCAGGAAUCUCACUGUGAACAUCAUCACAACAUCAUCUGUGUUUCUGACAUGGGAUGGACCGGUUGAAAAUAUAUCUUUCUUUAAAAUUAAUUGGAGGAGUGAUAAAAUAAAUAAAACAAAUGGAAGUUCAACUACUAACACUUCCUAUAACAUCACUGGUCUGACUGCUGGAGUCAAUUACACAUUCUGCAUCACUGCUGUGGCAGCAGAUCAAGCAACAGAAGGAGAAGCUGUCUGCAUCUCACAAUAUACCAAGCCAGGUGUGAUCAGGAAUCUCACUGUGAACAUCAUCACAACAUCAUCUGUGUUUCUGACAUGGGAUGGACCGGUUGAAAAUAGAUCUUUCUUUAAAAUUCAGUGGAAGGGUGAUAAAACAAAUGGAAGUUCAACUACUAACACUUCCUAUAACAUCACUGGUCUGACUGCUGGAGUCAAUUACACAUUCUGCAUCACUGCUGUGGCAGAAGAUCAAGCAACUGAAGGAGAAACUGUCUGCAUCUCACAAUAUACCAAGCCAAGUAUGAUCAUAAAUCUAACAGUGGCUGAAAUCACAACAUCAUCUGUGUUUCUGACAUGGGAUGAACCAUUUGGAAAUAGAUCUUUCUUUAAAGUUCAGUGGAUGGGUGAUAAAACAAAUGGAAAUUCAACUACUGGUACUUCCUAUAACAUCACUGGUCUGUCUGCUGGAGUCAAUUACACAUUAAACAUCACAGCUGUUGCAGCAGAUAACUCAACAGAAGGAGAAUCAGCGGUUACCUCAAAAUACACUAAGCCUGACGUCAUAAUGAACCUCACAGCUGUUGAUAUUACAACAUCCUCUGUCUUUCUAAACUGGAUUAAACCGAAUGGUCAAAGCUCCCGUUAUCGUGUAGAAUAUGAAGAAAAUAAUGUGGCUACUGAAAACACCUUCAUCAAAAUAAAUGGUCUGACUCCUGGACGACAGUACACAUUCAAAGUGUUUGCAGUUGCAGCUGAUAAUGAAACAGAGGGAAGAGCCAAUCAGAUUUCACUGUAUACCAAGCCAGGUGUGAUCAGCAAUCUCAAAAUUACUGAAAUCACAACAUCAUCUUUGUUUCUGACAUGGGAUGGACCAGUUGGAAAUAGAUCUUUCUUUAAAGUUCAGUGGAUGGGUGAUGAAACAAAUGGAAAUUCAACAACUACUGACACUUCCUAUAACAUCACUGGUCUGACUGCUGGAGUCAAUUACACAUUAAACAUCACAGCUGUUGCAGCAGAUAACUCAACAGAAGGAGAAUCAGCGGUUACCUCAAAAUAUACUAAGCCUGACGUCAUAAUGAACCUCACAGCUGUUGAUAUUACAACAUCCUCUGUCUUUCUAAACUGGAUUAAACCGAAUGGUCAAAGCUCCCGUUAUCGUGUAGAAUAUGAAGAAAAUAAUGUGGCUACUGAAAACACCUCCAUCAAAAUAAAUGGUCUGACUCCUGGAGCACAGUACACAUUCAAAGUGUUUGCAGUUGCAGCUGAUAAUGAAACAGAGGGAAGAGCCAAUCAGAUUUCACUGUAUACCAAGCCAGGUGUGAUCAGUAAUCUCAAAAUUACUGAAAUAACAACAUCAUCUUUGUUUCUGACAUGGGAUGGACCAGUUGGAAAUAGAUCUUUCUUUAAAAUUCAGUGGAUGGGUGAUAAAACAAAUGGAAAUUCAACAACUACAAACACUUCCUAUAACAUCACUGGUCUGACUGCUGGAGUCAAUUACACAUUAAACAUCACAGCUGUUGCAGCAGAUAACUCAACAGAAGGAGAAUCAGCGGUUACCUCAAAAUAUAUUAAGCCUGACGUCAUAAUGAACCUCACAGCUUUUGAUAUUACAACAUCCUCUGUUUUACUAAACUGGAUUAAACCGAAUGGUCAAAGCUCCCGUUAUCGUGUAGAAUAUGAAAAUAAGAAUGUGACUACUGAAAACACCUCCAUCAAAAUAAAUGAUCUGAUUCCUGGACGACAGUACACAUUCAAAGUGUUUGCAUUUGCAGCUGAUAAUGUGACCGAGGGAAGAGCCAAUCAGAUUUCACUGUAUACCAAGCCAGGUGUGAUCAGUAAUCUCAAAAUUACUGAAAUCACAACAUCAUCUAUGUUUCUGACAUGGGAUGGACCAGUUGGAAAUAGAUCUUUCUUUAAAAUUCAGUGGAUUGGUGAUGAAACAAAUGAAAAUUCAACCACUGACACUUCCUAUAACAUCACUGGUCUGACUGCUGGAGUCAAUUACACAUUAAACAUCACAGCUGUUGCAGCAGAUAACUCAACAGAAGGAGAAUCAGUGGUUACCUCAAAAUAUACUAAGCCUGACGUCAUAAUGAACCUCACAGCUGUUGAUAUUACAACAUCCUCUGUUUUACUAAACUGGAUUAAACCGAAUGGUCAAAGCUCCCGUUAUCGUGUAGAAUAUGAAGAUAAGAAUAUGACUACUGAAAACACCUCCAUCAAAAUAAAUGAUCUGAUUCCUGGACGACAGUACACAUUCAAAGUGUUUGUAGUUGCAGCUGAUAAUGUGACCGAGGGAAGAGCCAAUCAGAUUUCACUGUAUACCAAGCCAGGUGUGAUCAGUAAUCUCAAAAUUACUGAAAUAACAACAUCAUCUGUGUUUCUGACAUGGGAUGGACCAGUUGGAAAUAGAUCUUUCUUUAAAGUUCAGUGGAUGGGUGAUAAAACAAAUGGAAAUUCAACAACUACAAACACUUCCUAUAACAUCACUGGUCUGACUGCUGGAGUCAAUUACACAUUAAACAUCACAGCUGUUGCAGCAGAUAACUCAACAGAAGGAGAAUCAGCGGUUACCUCAAAAUACACUAAGCCUGACGUCAUAAUGAACCUCACAGCUGUUGAUAUUACAACAUCCUCUGUUUUACUAAACUGGAUUAAACCGAAUGGUCAAAGCUCCGGUUAUCGUGUAGAAUAUGGAAAUAAGAAUGUGACUACUGAAAACACCUCCAUCAAAAUAAAUGAUCUGAUUCCUGGACGACAGUACACAUUCAAAGUGUUUGCAGUUGCAGCUGAUAAUGUGACCGAGGGACGAGCCAAUCAGAUUUCACUGUAUACCAAGCCAGGUGUGAUCAGCAAUCUCAAAAUUACUGAAAUCACAACAUCAUCUGUGUUUCUGACAUGGGAUGGACCAGUUGGAAAUAGAUCUUUCUUUAAAAUUCAGUGGAUUGGUGAUGAAACAAAUGAAAAUUCAACCACUGACACUUCCUAUAACAUCACUGGUCUGACUGCUGGAGUCAAUUACACAUUAAACAUCACAGCUGUUGCAGCAGAUAACUCAACAGAAGGAGAAUCAGUGGUUACCUCAAAAUAUACUAAGCCUGACGUCAUAAUGAACCUCACAGCUGUUGAUAUUACAACAUCCUCUGUUUUACUAAACUGGAUUAAACCGAAUGGUCAAAGCUCCCGUUAUCGUGUAGAAUAUGAUGAUAAGAAUGUGACUGCUGAAAACACCUCCAUCAAAAUAAAUGAUCUGAUUCCUGGACGACAUUACACAUUCAAAGUGUUUGCAGUUGCAGCUGAUCAUGUGACGGAGGGAAGAGCCAAUCAGAUUUCACUGUAUACCAAGCCAGGUGUGAUCAGUAAUCUCAAAAUUACUGAAAUAACAACAUCAUCUGUGUUUCUGACAUGGGAUGGACCAGUUGGAAAUAGAUCUUUCUUUAAAGUUCAGUGGAUGGGUGAUAAAACAAAUGGAAAUUCAACAACUACAAACACUUCCUAUAACAUCACUGGUCUGACUGCUGGAGUCAAUUACACAUUAAACAUCACAGCUGUUGCAGCAGAUAACUCAACAGAAGGAGAAUCAGCGGUUACCUCAAAAUACACUAAGCCUGACGUCAUAAUGAACCUCACAGCUGUUGAUAUUACAACAUCCUCUGUUUUACUAAACUGGAUUAAACCGAAUGGUCAAAGCUCCGGUUAUCGUGUAGAAUAUGAAGAUAAGAAUGUGACUACUGAAAACACCUCCAUCAAAAUAAAUGAUCUGAUUCCUGGACGACAGUACACAUUCAAAGUGUUUGCAGUUGCAGCUGAUCAUGUGACCGAAGGAAGGGCCAAUCAGAUUUCACUGUAUACCAAGCCAGGUGUGAUCAGCAAUCUCAAAAUUACUGCAAUCACAACAUCAUCUGUGUUUCUUACAUGGGAUGGACCAGUUGGAAAUAGAUCUUUCUUUAAAAUUCAGUGGAUGGGUGAUAAAACAAAUGGAAAUUCAACAACUACAAACACUUCCUAUAACAUCACUGGUCUGACUGCUGGAGUCAAUUACACAUUAAACAUCACAGCUGUUGCAGCAGAUAACUCAACAGAAGGAGAAUCAGCGGUUACCUCAAAAUAUACUAAGCCUGACGUCAUAAUGAACCUCACAGCUGUUGAUAUUACAACAUCCUCUGUUUUACUAAACUGGAUUAAACCGAAUGGUCAAAGCUCCCGUUAUCGUGUAGAAUAUGAAAAUAAGAAUGUGACUACUGAAAACACCUCCAUCAAAAUAAAUGAUCUGAUUCCUGGACGACAGUACACAUUCAAAGUGUUUGCAGUUGCAGCUGAUAAUGUGACCGAGGGAAGAGCCAAUCAGAUUUCACUGUAUACCAAGCCAGGUGUGAUCAGUAAUCUCAAAAUUACUGAAAUAACAACAUCAUCUUUGUUUCUGACAUGGGAUGGACCAGUUGGAAAUAGAUCUUUCUUUAAAAUUCAGUGGAUGGGUGAUGAAACAAAUGGAAAUUCAACAACUACAAACACUUCCUAUAACAUCACUGGUCUGACUGCUGGAGUCAAUUACACAUUAAACAUCACAGCUGUUGCAGCAGAUAACUCAACAGAAGGAGAAUCAGCGGUUACCUCAAAAUACACUAAGCCUGACGUCAUAAUGAACCUCACAGCUGUUGAUAUUACAACAUCCUCUGUUUUACUAAACUGGAUUAAACCGAAUGGUCAAAGCUCCGGUUAUCGUGUAGAAUAUGAAGAUAAGAAUGUGACUACUGAAAACACCUCCAUCAAAAUAAAUGAUCUGAUUCCUGGACGACAGUACACAUUCAAAGUGUUUGCAGUUGCAGCUGAUCAUGUGACCGAAGGAAGGGCCAAUCAGAUUUCACUGUAUACCAAGCCAGGUGUGAUCAGCAAUCUCAAAAUUACUGCAAUCACAACAUCAUCUGUGUUUCUGACAUGGGAUGGACCAGUUGGAAAUAGAUCUUUCUUUAAAAUUCAGUGGAUGGGUGAUAAAACAAAUGGAAAUUCAACAACUACAAACACUUCCUAUAACAUCACUGGUCUGACUGCUGGAGUCAAUUACACAUUAAACAUCACAGCUGUUGCAGCAGAUAACUCAACAGAAGGAGAAUCAGCGGUUACCUCAAAAUAUACUAAGCCUGACGUCAUAAUGAACCUCACAGCUGUUGAUAUUACAACAUCCUCUGUUUUACUAAACUGGAUUAAACCGAAUGGUCAAAGCUCCCGUUAUCGUGUAGAAUAUGAAAAUAAGAAUAUGACUACUGAAAACACCUCCAUCAAAAUAAAUGAUCUGAUUCCUGGACGACAGUACACAUUCAAAGUGUUUGCAGUUGCAGCUGAUAAUGUGACCGAGGGAAGAGCCAAUCAGAUUUCACUGUAUACCAAGCCAGGUGUGAUCAGUAAUCUCAAAAUUACUGAAAUAACAACAUCAUCUGUGUUUCUGACAUGGGAUGGACCAGUUGGAAAUAGAUCUUUCUUUAAAAUUCAGUGGAUGGGUGAUGAAACAAAUGGAAAUUCAACAACUACAAACACUUCCUAUAACAUCACUGGUCUGACUGCUGGAGUCAAUUACACAUUAAACAUCACAGCUGUUGCAGCAGAUAACUCAACAGAAGGAGAAUCAGCGGUUACCUCAAAAUACACUAAGCCUGACGUCAUAAUGAACCUCACAGCUGUUGAUAUUACAACAUCCUCUGUUUUACUAAAUUGGACAAAACCGAAUGGUCAAAGCUCCCGUUAUCGUGUAGAAUAUGAAGAUAAGAAUAUGACUACUGAAAACACCUCCAUCAAAAUAAAUGAUCUGAUUCCUGGAGCACAGUACACAUUCAAAGUGUUUGCAGUUGCAGCUGAUCAUGUGACCGACGGAAGAGCCAAUCAGAUUUCACUGUACACCAAGCCAGGUGUGAUCAGCAAUCUCAAAAUUACUGAAAUCACAACAUCAUCUAUGUUUCUGACAUGGGAUGAACCAGUUGGAAAUAGAUCUUUCUUUAAAAUUCAUUGGAUGGGUGAUAAAACAAAUGGAAAUUCAACAACUACUGACACUUCCUAUAACAUCACUGGUCUGACUGCUGGAGUCAAUUACACAUUAGACAUCACAGCUGUUGCAGCAGAUAACUCAACAGAAGGAGAAUCAGCGGUUACCUCAAAAUAUACUAGUAUGUUUUCCAAUAAGGUACACAGUAAUAUUGGUUUGAGAAUAGAGGAUUAUGAAGAGCACUUUAAGCAGAAACACAAGGAUUCAAACUGUGGUUUUGCAGAAGAGUAUGAGGAGUUGAAAACUGUUGGAACGGCACAGUCCAAAAACAUUGCCCUGGCUGUUGAAAACAAGCCAAAGAACCGUUACAGCAAUGUGCUACCUUAUGAUGCUUCAAGAGUGAAGUUAUCAGUGCGUGGCAGUCCCUUAGAUGAUUACAUCAAUGCCAACUACAUCCCAGGCUAUAAUUCAAGAAAAGAGUUUAUAGCAGCUCAGGGUCCACUGCCCGUCACAGUGAAUGAAUUCUGGAGAAUGGUCUGGGAGAAGAAUGUCUUCACCAUAGUCAUGCUGACCAGAUGCAACGAGAUGGGACGAGUGAAAUGUGAAAAGUACUGGCCAUCUGGGACUAAUCAUUAUCAAAACAUCUCUGUGACAACCACAUCAGAGAUAGACCUGGAGAGCUGGACCAUAAGAGACUUCAGAAUCAAAAAUGUAAAAACAGCAGAAACUCGCUAUGUACGUCAGUUUCACUUCACGGCGUGGCCGGAUCAUGGAGUUCCACAGACUACUGAAGUCCUCAUUGACUUCAGACACCUGGUCAGAGAACACAUGAACCAAUACUCUCGCCACUCUCCAACUGUGGUACAUUGCAGUGCCGGUGUGGGAAGAACGGGUACCUUUAUUGCCAUUGACCACCUGAUUUUCCAGAUUGAAAGAGACAGCAUGGUGGACAUCUACAGAAUCGUUAAUGAUAUGCGCAUGCACAGGCCUCUUAUGGUGCAGACUGAGGAGCAAUAUGUUUACAUCCACCAGUGUGCGCAUGACAUAAUUCGAUCAAAUACGGGAACCAACAUCGACUUAACUUACGAGAACACAGAAGCUCUCAGUAUCUAUCAGAAUGUAAAAUUUCAAAAAAUGUAAAUGCAGAUGGCCUUA